AUGCACAAAUUGAUUUGUGCCGUUCAAAAAUACGAUUGGGGUAAAGCUGGUAGUGAAAGUACCGUCGCAGCGCUUGUUCGCGAUGGACGGCAUUCUGAUUAUGUUGACGACGACAAGCCUUACGCAGAGUUGUGGAUGGGUGUUCAUCCAAAUGGUCCAUCGAAAAUUGUUGACUCCACAGAAGACCUUUCAACACUCAUAAAAAACCAUCCGGAUUCUGUCGCAAAACAUGAACAAGGCAUGUGUACCUUGCAAUUCCUCUUCAAGGUUUUGUCAGUAAAGAAAGCGCUAUCGGUUCAGAGUCAUCCCACCAAGGAGGAGGCUGUUGUAUUGCAUGCGAAAGAUCCACUGCACUAUCCAGAUCCAAAUCACAAACCAGAGAUGGCAAUUGCGUUGACCGACUUCGAACUCCUCUGUAGUUUUCGUCCUGCUAAGGAGAUAUAUGAAAAUCUCAGUGGUGCUCCAGAACUUCUAAAACUCAUCGGUGAUUCCGAUAAUAUUGAGAAUCUUCGAUCUAGUGAUGAGUCAUUAUCUACUAGAACACUGAAAAAUAUUUUCACAGUAAUAUGGAGCUCAUCUCCAGAGGUGGUCGCCAGAGCAGUUCACGAGCUUGUUGAUCGUAUCAAGACUGAAAAACAAAGCAAAUUGAAUCAGCUGAUUGUUAGAUUGAACAGCGAGUUUCCUGGUGAUGUUGGUGUGUUUGCUCCUCUUCUCCUAAAUUAUUUCUCACUGAGACCUGGUGAAGCAACAUUUCUUGGGCCUAAUGAGCCACACGCGUAUUUAUCUGGAGACUGUAUUGAAUGCAUGUCUUGUUCGGACAACACAAUUCGGGCAGGUCUGACUCCUAAAUUUAAGGAUAUUCAGACACUUUGCGCUAACUUGACCUAUACUAUGAAAGAGCCUCCUAUUUUCCCACAUCGUGAGCUUCUACCUGGUGUGCUUCUCUAUUCACCGCCUGUACAGGAAUUUGCAGUGCAGGCUGUUAAGGUGCCGGCUAAUAGAUUCACUGCAGAAUCCGCAAGUUCUAUUGUCGUCGUCAUAACCGGAAGUGCUCACUUUCAAGCUAGAGACAUUGGUCUCGACGUUCGUCGUGGUGAUGUUGUAUUCUUUUCUGCUACCAUAGAGGAGGUUCAUGUUGAUAAUCCCUCAUCGGAUUUCUUAUGCUAUCGUGCUUUCACUCCAAAGCGGUGA